UGAUAACCUGGAAUAAUAACAGUUGAAAUAAUGAAAAGGUCAAUGACACUGACAAUAUUUCACUCAGAAAGAAUCAUCCUUAGAAACCGUCAACCUCCUCCAAAAGAUAACCACAUCCCUCAGAUAUCACCGUGGGAUUCCACUGCUACAAAAAAGAACAGAAGUUAGAAGUCUCAUGUUUUUCAGAUGGCUGGUAGUGUUUUUAGGCAUUGCAAAUGUGGGGUGUUGUCUUUCUUGGUAUAAAGCAGGGAUAUCCAAUCUUUUGACUUCCCUGCCUAUAUUAAAAGAAGCAAAGUUGUCUUGAGCCACACAUAACAUACACUAACACUAACAACAGCUGAUGAUCUAAAAAAAAACUUUUUUUUUUUUUUUUUGGAGACAGAGUUCCGCUCCACUCAGUCGCCCAGGCUGGAGUGCAGUGGUGCAAUCUCGGCUCACUGCAACCUCCAGCUCCUGGGCUCAAGCCAUUCUCCUCCCUCAGCCUCCCGAGUAGCUGAGAUUACAGGUCUCUGCCACCAUGCCCAACUAAUUUUUGUAUUUUUAGUAGAGAUGAGGUUUCACCAUGUUGGCCAGUCUGGCCUUGAACUCCUGACAGGCGAUCUGCCUGCCUCGGCCUCCCAAAGUGCUGGGAUUACAGGUGUGAGCCACCGUGCCCAGCCAUUUUUUUUUGUUUUUGUUUUUGUUUGGUGUUUUGUUUUUGAGAUGGGGUCUCACUCUGUCACCCAGGCUGCAGUGCAGUGGCGUGCUCUCGGCUCACUGCAACCUCUGCCUCUCAGGUUCAAGUGAUUCUCCUGCCUCAGCCUCCUGAGUAGCUGGGAGUACAGGUGCCUGACAAUGCACUCAGCAAUUUUUGUAUUUUUUGUGGAGAUGGGGUUUUGCCAUGUUGGCCAGGGUGGUCUCGAACUCCUGACCUCAGGUAAUCUGCCCGCCUCAGCCUCCCAAAGUGCUGGGAUUACAGGCAUGAGCCACUGUACCUGGCCAAAAUCUCCUAAUGUUUUAAGAAAGUUUACAAAUUUGUGUUGAACUGCAUUCAAAACUGUCCUGGGCCACAUGCAGCCCGUCACUCAUGGGUAAGACCAGCUAAGUAUAAAGAAUUUUCUUUUCUUUUUGUUUGGAGACAAAGUCUUGCUCUGUCACCCAGGCUAGAUUGCAGUGACAUGAUCUCAGCUCACUGCAACCUCCGCCUCCCGGGUUCAAGCGAUUCUCCUGCCUCAGCUACUGAGUAACUGGGAUUACAGGCACCUGCCACCGCACUCGGCUAAUUUUUGUAUUUUUAGUAGAAACAGGGUUUCACCAUCUUGGCCAGGCUGGUCUCCAACUCCUGACCUCAUGAUCCACCUGCCUCGGCCUCCCAAAGUGCUGGGAAUACAGGUGUGAGCCACUGCACCUGGCCAGUAGUUAUCUUUGCUUUAAAGUUAUUUACUUGUUUUUUAAAUUGAUGUAUAACAUUGGAUGCAUUUAUUAUAUAUCACAUGGUAAAAGAAUCCCUGUAAAUAAUACUUCUCUCUUGGAUUAUAUGAAUCUUUGUCAUUUAAAGCUCAGCAUAAGUAAAAAAAAAAAAAAUACAAUGAAGAGAUUACUUCAUUCACAAAUAAGUAUCAAAUUUUAGUGCUUAAAAAUUAACGACGUGGGCCGGGCGUGGUGGCUCACGCCUGCAAUCCCAGCACUUUGGGAAGCCAAGGUGGGUGGACCACGAGAUCAGGAGAUUGAGACCAUCCUAGCUAACACGGUGAAACCCAUCUCUACUAAAAUUACAAAAAAUUAGCAGGGCAUGGUGGCAUGCGCCUAUAGUUCCAGCUACUUGGGAGGCUGAGGCAGAAGAAUCACUUGAACCCGGGAGGCAGAUGUUGCAGUGAGCCGAGAUCGCACCACUGCACUUCAGCCUGGGUGACAGAGCGAGACUCUGUCUCAAAAAAAAAAAAAAAAAAAAAAAAAAAAAAAAAAAAAAAAAAUUACCAAGGUGGAGAUCAUGAAAAUGGCAUGAAUAGUGUGAGAUUUCUGUAAGAUUGUUGAUAUUAAUUCCAUUAGACUCUUAUGUGAGUGAAGACGAAGACUUGCCCUGAGUAAGUUCAGACAGCUUGUGAUAACAUUUCUACAUCGAUUCCUCAGGAUUUAACUAUAUAUUCUUGAAAACAUCUCAAUUUUCAAUGUUUUUUUCAAGAUGGUGAAUUAAACAGAGAUAGCCCUUCAACAGGUUGAACUCAGCAUAUGCUGAGUCUGAAAUGGAAAUGAUGGAGUUAGAGAACCAUACAACAAUGGUAAUGAUUUCAGAAACAUGGUGUUGAGCAGAACAAAGCAGACACAAAAGAGUACCUAUGGCAUGGCAUGCAUCUGUAUACGCGAAAUUCCAGAAUAAGCAAGCUAACCUAUGAUAAGAAAGAGACUGGCCGGGAAGAGUGAGAGUUCACUUUCUGGGGUGACAUAAUAGUGUAGAUCUUGGCUGCGCACGGUGGUUCAUGCCUGUAAUCCCAACGCUUUGGGAGGCCGAGGCGGGCCGAUCACCUGAGGUCGGGAGUUCAAAACCAGCCUGACCAACAUGGAGAAACCCUAUCUCUACUAAAAAUACAAAAUUAGCUGGGAGUGGUGGCACAUGUCUGUAAUCCCAGCCACUCGGGAGGCUGAGGCAGGAGAAUCGCUCGAACCUGGGAAGCAGAGGUUGCGGUGAGCUGAUAUUGCCCCAUUGCACUCCAGCCUGGGCAACAAGGGAGAAACUGUCUCAAAAAAAUAAAUAAAUAAAUAAAAUAAUGUAGAUCUUGAAAGGGGGUUGGUUUAUGCUGGUGUAUGUACUUUCCAAAGUUAGUAAACUUACACUUAAGGUUAUAUAUUUUGGCCAGGCGCGGUGGUUCACGCCUGUAAUCCCAGCACUGGGAGGCCGAGGCAGGCAGAUCACGAGGUCAAGAGAUGGAGACCAUCCUGGCAAACAUAGUGAAACCCCGUCUCUACUAAAAAUACAAAAAUUAGCCAGGCGUGGUGGUCUACUAAAAAUACAAAAAUUAGCCAGGCGUUGUAAUCUGAGCUACUCAGGAGGCUGAAGCAGGACAAUUGCUUGAACCCCGGAAGCGGAGGUUGCAGUGAGCCGAGAUCUUGCCACUGCACUGCAGCCUGGGCGACAGAGUGAGACUCUGUCUAAAAAAAAAAAAAAAAAAGUCAUCAAACCAGAUGACACAAAUCAAAUGACAUUUCACUUUGUUUUGGUCCAUUUUGUUUGUUAGAGACAAGAGUGCAGCGGGGCCAUCUCGGCUCACUGCAACGUCCAGCUCCUGGGCCCAAGCGAUCCUCCCACCUCAGCCUCUCCAGUAACUGGGAUAACAGGUUACCAUGCCAGCAAUGAUUCCUUUUGAGUUUCUGACAGAAGAUAGUGGUUUUCAUCCAAAUAAGUCAACUACCCUACCCCAUCCCUAAGCCACUUGUAUGGAAAGAAAAAGAGGAAGAAGCCAGUACUGUGACUGUGUAAGCUUCCCCCAGCAUCACCCGCUAUGAGAUGUGUGGCAGCUGAGACCCGGGAACUGCUCAAGGGCACCAGGCCCCAUCUGUCUGCACUCACUCACCUUCCUCAGGCUGGAGUGCAGUGGCGUGGUCACUGUUGACUGCAGCCUCAAAUUCCUGGGCUCAAGAAAUCCUCCCAUCUCAGCCUCCCAAGUAGAACCUGAAGAUUGGACCUUCUGAGAACAUCAGAGAAAGAAUGUCCUUGCCAUCCACAAUACAGCAAAACUUCAGGACCUUGAACUUUGGGUUCAUAAUCUCACAAGAGGGAAGUUUUUCGCCGGAAAAAGAUGGCAUCCUUGAUGUGAACAGCUUUUCCCAAGAUCACAGAUCAAGACUUCUAGUUUUUUUUUUUUGAGACAGAGUCUUUUUUUUUUUUUUUUUUUUGAGACAUAGUCUCGGUCUUGUUGCUCAGGUUGGAGUGGAAUAGCGCGAUCUUGGCUCACUGCAACCUCCGCCUCCUGGGUUCAAGUAAUUCUCCUGACUCAGCCUCCAGAGUAGCUGGGAUUACAGGCGUCCACCACCAUGCCCGGCUAAUUUUUUUGUAUUUUUAGUGGAGACAGGGUUUCACCAUGUUGGCCAGGCUGGUCUCGAACUCCUGACCUCAGGUGAUCCGCCUACCUCGGCCUCCCAAAGCGCUGGGAUUACAGGCAUCAGUCACCGUGCCCGGCCUUGUGAUAGUGUCUUACUCUGGCACCCAGGCUGGAGUGCAGUGGUGCAAUCUUGGUUCACUGCAACCUUUGCCUCCCAGAUUCAAGCGAUUCUUGUACAUCAGCCUCCCGAGCCGCUGAGACUACAGGCACGUGCCACCAUGCCUGGUUAAUUUUGUGUGUGUGUGUGUGUGUGUUUGUGUGUGAUGGAGUUUUGCUCUUGUUGCCCAGGCUGGAGUGCAGUGGUGCGAUCUUCGCUCACUGCAACGUCUGCCUCCCGGGUUCAAGCGAUUCUCCUGCCUCGGGCUCCUGAGUAGUUGGGAUUAUAGGCGCUCAACACCAUACCCGGGGAAUUUUUUGUAUUUUUAGUACAGACGGGGUUUCAUCAUGUUGGCCAGGCUGGUCUCCAACUCCUGACCUCAGGUGAUCCACCCGCCUCAGUGUCCCAAAGUGCUGGGAUUACAGGCGUGAGCCCUGUGCCCAGCCUCAGUGUCUCUCUCUCUCUCGACUAGAGAGACUGACCAGGGACAAUCAACUCUCUCCAGACUGACAGAGAGAGAGACAGAGAGAGCGAGAAAGAGACAGAGUCUGGCUCUCACCCAGGCUGGAGUGCAGUGGUGUGAUCUUGGCUCGCUGCAACUUCUGCCUUCCGUGUUCAAGCGAUUCCUGUGCCUCAGCCUCCCAAGUAGCUGGGAUUAUAGGUCCGCACCACCACGCCCUGCUAAUUUUUGUGUUUUUAGUAGACACAGCCUCACCAUGUUGGCCAGGCUGGUUUUGAACUCCUGACCUCAGGUGAUCCGCCAGCCUCGGCCUUCCAAAGUGCUGGGAUUACAGGCGUGAGUCACCGCGCCCGGCCAAAUAAAAUAAAAUGUUAAAGCAAAUUCAGGACUACCCCUCCUCCAAGUCUUCUGUCCCCUUUGGGCGCCCAGGUGAGCGGGGGAGGGGCUGGGGGAAUAAUAACAUCAAAAGAGCGCCUUUUCCUCCCUUAUUCCGAGGAGACUUCCCUGGUCCUGACUCCCGGUCCUGUCCCCAGUGCCCCGCGGCCUCUCGAGCCCCUUCAGUGACCAAGAUACAGAGAUCAGGACGCCUUUGCGCCGCCCCAAGUGCCCGCCCCUAGCUCGCUCUGCUUGGGCCGCGAGGGAAGGUGAGGUCGGGGGCGGAGCCGGGGCGUGACAGCCGGGGUGUGUGUCCGCCGGCCUUGGUGCCUCCGGUGGCCCUGCAGCACCGUCCCACCUCUGCCACCCUCCGAUGGGGCCGCUACCUGUGUGCCUGCCAAUCAUGCUGCUCCUGCUACUGCCGUCGCUGCUGCUGCUGCUGCUUCGACCUGGCCCCGGGUCCGGCGAGGACUCCAGGACAUUACGUGUGCACCGGCGUGGGAUCCUGGAACUGGCAGGAACUGUGGGUUGUGUUGGUCCCCGAACCCCCAUCGCCUAUAUGAAAUAUGGUUGCUUUUGUGGCUUGGGAGGCCAUGGCCAGCCCCGCGAUGCCAUUGACUGGUGCUGCCAUGGCCACGACUGUUGUUACACUCGAGCUGAGGAGGCCGGCUGCAGCCCCAAGACAGAGCGCUACUCCUGGCAGUGCGUCAAUCAGAGCGUCUUGUGCGGUGUGUCCCCAGCAGCACCAUGCCACCCACCCCGAGUAUCCCCUGGGCAUCCUGGCAUAGCCAGAUGACUUCCGUGCCCCUGUUGCAAUAACCACUGCUUCCAAGUCUCUAUAGACCACCCCUUGGGUAUAUCUAAUGUAAGUGAUAUUUAUUUUAUUUAUUUUUUGAGUCAGAGUCUCGCUCUGUCACCUAGGCUAGAGUGUGCUGAUGUGAUCUUGGCUCACUACAACCUCUGCCUCCUGGGUUCAAGCGAUUCUCAUGCCUUAGCCUCCCAAGUGGCUGGGACUACAGGCAUGCACCAUCACGCCCAGCUAAUUUUUGUAUUUUUUUCAGUAGAGGUGGGGUUUCACCAAGUUGGCUGGGCUGGUCUCAAACUCCCCACCUCAAGUGCUCUGCCCGCCUCGGCCUCCCAAAGUGCUGAGAUUACAGGCGUAAGGCAUGGUGUCUGGCCCUAAUGUGAGUGAUCUUUAACAAUGAGGACUUGAAAAAGAAAACCAUGAAGAAACCUAAUUAUUUGAUGUCUGGACGACAAGGAAGAAGAUAGAAAUGGCAUCAGAUAAUAAACAGUGUAAAUGUUUAUCAGAAAGGGGCUUGGGGUGGGGACCAGAAGGAGGAUCGCUUGAGGCCAGGAGUGCAUCUCUACAAAAAAGUUAAAGGAUUUUUUUAACAUUGGCCAGGCGUGGUGGCACACAUCUGUG